GCGAUCUGAAGUCAUUCUUCCCCGCCGCCUCCUCCUCUCCCCCUUCUCCUCUCCUCCGCCAUCCGCUGGGCCAGGCCAAAUCCGAUCUCCGUGUUCGAGCGUCCUCAAGUUCCAGAUCUCCAAUCCUAUCUCCACGUCCUUCAAGAUCCGAAGCGAUCUAAUCUAGAUCUGGGUCCUCAUUGCUCCUCUUCGGGGGUUAGGGUUAACAGCUACAGCAGCAGCGGGAUCUAGGGUUAGGGCCAGCAGCAGCGAUGGAGAAAUCUAGCACGCUUCUGAUCCACUUCGACAAGGGCUCCCCAGCCCUAGCGAACGAGAUCAAGGAGGCCAUGGAAGGCAACGACGUCCCGGCCAAGAUCGACGCCAUGAAGAAGGCCAUCAUGCUCCUCCUCAACGGCGAGACCCUCCCGCAACUCUUCAUCACUAUCGUCCGCUACGUCCUCCCCUCCGAGGACCACACAAUUCAAAAGCUCCUCUUGCUCUACCUGGAGAUCAUCGACAAGACCGACGCCCGUGGCCGUGUCCUCCCGGAGAUGAUCCUUAUCUGCCAGAACCUCCGCAACAACCUCCAGCACCCCAACGAGUACAUUCGCGGCGUCACUCUCCGCUUCCUCUGCCGCCUCUCUGAGGCCGAGAUCUUGGAGCCCUUGAUCCCCUCCGUCCUCACCAACCUCGAGCACCGCCACCCUUUCAUCCGCCGCCACGCCCUCCUCGCCAUCUGCGCCAUCUACCGUCUCCCCCAGGGCGAGCAGCUCCUCCCCGAUGCCCCCGAGCUGGUCGAGAAGGCCCUCUCCUCCGAGCAGGACCUGUCGGCCCGGCGCAACGCCUUCCUCAUGCUCGCCACCUGCGCCCAGGACCGUGCCGUUGGCUACCUCCUCACCCACACUGAUCAGGUCCCGAUGUGGGGUGACCUCCUUCAGAUGGCCGCCCUGGACCUCGUCCGCAAGGUCUGCCGCUCCAACCGGGCCGAGAAGGGGAAGUACAUCAAGAUCAUCAUCUCCCUUUUGAGCUCCCCCUCCACUGCGGUCAUCUAUGAGUCUGCUGGCAUACUCGUCUCCCUCUCAUCCGCUCCCACUGCUAUCCGGGCCGCCGCCAACACCUACUGCCAGCUCCUUCUUUCUCAGAGCGACAACAAUGUGAAGCUUAUUGUCCUUGACCGGCUCAAUGAGCUCAAGUCCUCCCACAGGGACAUCAUGGUGGAGGUCAUCAUGGAUGUGCUCAGAGCCUUAUCCAGUCCGAAUCUUGAUAUCCGUCGCAAGACCUUGGACAUUGCAUUGGAGCUGAUUACCCCUAGGAACAUUGACGAGGUGGUGCUCACCCUUAAGAAGGAGGUUGUCAAGACCCAAAGUGGAGAGCUUGAGAAGAAUGGAGAGUAUAGACAAAUGUUGGUGCAAGCUAUCCACACGUGUGCAAUCAAGUUCCCAGAGGUUGCGAGCACUGUUGUCCAUCUCUUGAUGGAUUUCCUUGGAGACACCAAUGUUGCAUCUGCCAUAGAUGUGGUCCUCUUUGUGCGAGAGAUAAUUGAAACCAACCCAAAGCUCAGAGUUUCUAUUAUCACGAGGUUGCUUGACACUUUCUACCAGAUUAGGGCUGCUCGUGUCUGCUCGUGUGCCCUUUGGAUCAUUGGGGAAUACUGCCUCUCAUUGUCUGAGGUGGAGAGUGGGAUCGCAAUGAUUAAGCAGUGCCUUGGAGAUCUCCCAUUUUACACUACCACUGAGGAGGGGGAGGUGACCGAUGCUUCGAAGCAGCCGCAGCAGGUGAACUCCUCUGUUAUUGUUUCUUCGAGAAGGCCCAUGAUUCUGGCGGAUGGGACAUAUGCAACGCAAAGUGCUGCUUCUGAGACUGCUUUUUCUGCCCCCACAAUUGUUCCUGGCUCCGUGGCUUCAACUGGAAAUUUGAGGUCUUUAAUUCUUUCGGGUGACUUCUUUUUAGGGGCAGUUGUGGCUUGCACUUUGACUAAACUUGUUUUGAGAUUGGAGGAGGUCCAGCCAUCAAAGGCUGAGGCCAACAAAGCUUGCACCAGUGCCUUAUUGAUCAUGGUCUCCAUGCUGCAGUUGGGGCAGUCUUCAUUUCUACCCCAUCCGAUUGAUAAUGAUUCCUAUGACAGAAUUGUGCUCUGCAUAAGACUGCUGUGCAAUACAGGUGACGAGGUUCGGAAGAUUUGGUUGCAAUCAUGCCGCCAGAGUUUUGCAAAGAUGCUUGCAGAGAAGCAGUUUCGAGAAACGGAGGAGAUUAAAGCAAAGGCUCAAAUAUCUCAUGCACAGCCUGAUGAUCUUAUUGAUUUCUACCAUCUAAAAAGUAGAAAGGGUAUGAGCCAGCUUGAGUUAGAGGAUGAGGUUCAAGAUGAUUUAAAACGUGCAACUGGAGAGUUUAUGAAGGAUGGAGAUGAUGCAAAUAAAUUGAACCGUAUUCUUCAACUAACAGGAUUUAGUGAUCCUGUGUAUGCUGAAGCAUAUGUGACAGUCCAUCAUUAUGACAUUGUUCUUGAUGUUACAGUCAUCAACCGAACAAAGGAGACGCUUCAGAACCUGUGUUUGGAAUUGGCUACCAUGGGAGACCUCAAACUUGUAGACCGCCCACAGAACUAUACACUAGCACCAGAGUCAAGCAAGCAAAUUCGAGCCAACAUUAAGGUCUCAUCAACAGAAACAGGAGUUAUAUUUGGUAACAUUGUUUACGAGACUUCAAAUGUACUUGAGCGAACUGUAGUUGUCCUUAAUGACAUUCACAUUGACAUCAUGGACUACAUAUCUCCUUCCACCUGUGCUGAUGUGGCAUUUAGAAAUAUGUGGGCAGAAUUCGAGUGGGAAAACAAGGUGGCAGUGAACACUGUAAUUCAGGAUGAGAAGGAAUUUUUGAAUCACAUCAUCAAGUCAACCAACAUGAAGUGUCUCACUCCGCCUUCUGCAUUGGAUGGGGAAUGUGGCUUUCUUGCAGCUAAUCUGUAUGCGAAGAGCGUCUUUGGGGAGGAUGCUUUGGUGAAUGUCAGCAUUGAGAAGCAGGCAGAUGGGAAGCUUAGUGGCUAUAUUAGGAUAAGAAGCAAGACACAAGGAAUUGCGCUCAGCUUGGGAGACAAGAUCACUCUCAAACAGAAGGGUGGCAGUUAGCUGAAAACCUUAUCCGUCAAAUAUCUUUUGUCAAUUUAUUCAUCCUUGUACUGCUUUGUUAUCAUUAAGUUCUUGCCAUUUUCGCAUUUGAUAAUUUUUACCCCCACUAUGCUGCCCUUGUAUGCCUACGGGCUAUAGUGGUAGUAUCAUUAGGGCCAGCAGUUGUCUCUGAUUUAGCUUUUUUGCUUAGUAGGACAUGUAUACGGGAACUGGAUUUUAUGUGGUGUGCAAGAGCUUUCUUUUUGAAACAAUGGGUCUGCAAAUACCUAUUUGACCAAACUAGCCAUUAUGUUGAAGGGGUUUACAUAAAUUGGAGGACCUAUUCAUUUAUGUGAAAGAUGACUCCGGAAUUUCAUAAA